GAGAGAGUAGUACUCCAGUCGGCACCCUUGGGAAGAAACAUCCAAUCAACCGGCUGCCAUCUGACUUUAUUCAACCCGUUUUAAUCCAUAAGGAUACUUAAUUCAGGAGGAAACUUUAUGCCCAGCAUCCUUUCUUCAACACACGGACUACUUUUUUUAUUUAUUUCCCGGAUAAAAUGGUAAUUACGCAUCUGACCUGAUCUCCCUGCGCUCAUUCAUAAGUGGUGACAAGUCGUCUCUUUUUUAUUUAUUUUUUAUUUUUUUGGGGCUCUUGGAUGUGCGACAGGAUCAGGCACACGGUGUCCCUUCAGCAGGAGAAGAGGAGAAAGUGAACAAGACGAGCCUGCGUGAGGAAUACAAAUUAUACCAGUGAAUAAUGCGUCGAGCUGCCGGUGUGGAGCGUUAAAAACCGAGAAGAUUUCUAGCUGCUGUCUGCCUUCUCCCCCCUCCCCAAAAAAAAGAGGAUUGAAAAGAAAUACAGUGUAUAGUGUUGGUGUGUGAUCUGCAACUUAAACGGAGGGAUGACAGUCAAACUGGACUUUGAGGAGUGUUUGAAAGACUCUCCACGCUUCAGAGCUGAAAUCGAAGUGGUCCAAAGUGAUGUGAGUGAACUUGAGACACGGUUAGACAAGCUCGUGAAACAAUGCCAGGCAAUGCUGGAGGCGGGCAGGGUCUACUGCCAGACCAGCAAGAGCUUCGUCAACGGCCUCCGGGAGCUGGGACACCACUGCUCUGGGGACAAGAUGAUGGAGGAGUGUUUGGACAAAUUUUCCAAAAAGCUGUCGAUCAUCUUGGAGGCACAGGGCGAUGUGAUCGAGACCACACAGAAGGCGGUCAAAACGAAGCUGCAAACCUUUGUCAAAGAGGAUGUGCGUCGGUUCAAGGAUGUACGUAAGGAGUUUGAGCGCAGCAGCGAAUGUCUGGAGGGGGCGCUGUCGAGGAAUGCCCAGGCCCCGCGGGGGAAACAGCACGAAGUGGAGGAGGCGAGCAACGCUCUGCUCAACGCGCGCAGGACCUUUCGGUCUGAGGCCAUGGAUUACGUCCUGGAGAUUAAUGUCAUCGAGGCCAAAAAGAAGACAGACAUUUUGAUGGCAAUGUUGUCGCUGAUGGAGGCCCAGGCCCAGUUCUUCCAACAUGGCCACCAGUCUCUGUCAGAACUGGACGAGUAUCGACGGAAACUGAGCGAAGAGCACACCCAGUUUGUCCUAGACGCUGCCCGCGAGAAGAGAGACAUGGAGCAAAGACACGCCGCCAUCAAGAAAAAGGACGUGUCCUACGACGACUCCAUCAUGGAUUUCAAUGCUGACGCAGCUAACGGCAUCGCUAUGGAGGGAUACCUCUACAAGAGAGCCAGCAACGCCUUCAAAACCUGGAGCAGGCGUUGGUUCUCGAUUCAGAAGAACCAGCUGGUCUAUCAGAAGAAAUUCAAGGACCAGCCUACAGUUGUGGUGGAGGACUUGCGUCUCUGCACGGUGAAGCCCAGUGCUGAAAACGAGAGACGGUUCUGCUUUGAAGUGGUCUCGCCGUCAAAGUGUUGUUUGUUGCAGGCAGACUCGGAAAGGCAGCAGCAGGCGUGGAUCAGUGCCGUCCAAAACAGCAUCGCCUCGGCCUUUCAGGAGCGCAGAGAGGACCCACACAGCCCAAGACAGCGCUGCAGCUCGAUGUCCACGAGCAGUUUGGGAGGCGGGGGAGGAGGAGGAGGAGGAGGCGGAGCGGAUCAGGAGAGCGUGAGCGGUUGUAAGGCGCUGGACGAGGUUCAGGCAAUCCCGGGGAACAAGCAGUGCUGCGACUGCGGGGAGCCCGGCCCUGAUUGGGCCUCCAUCAACCUGGGCAUCACGCUUUGUAUCGUCUGCUCGGGAAUACACAGGAGUCUGGGAGUCCAUUUCUCCAAAGUACGCUCCCUCACUCUGGACUCAUGGGAGCCAGAGCUCAUUAAGUUGAUGUGUGAAUUAGGAAACACGGUAAUCAACAGGAUCUACGAGGCCCGGAUUGACGAGAUCACCAUCAAGAAGCCCCACGCCUCCAGUCCCAGAGGAGACAAGGAGUCGUGGAUCCGAUCAAAAUAUGUCGAAAAGAAGUUUAUCCAAAAGCUGCCCGAGACCGGCAGGAACCCCCCGUUGAGGAGAUCCAGCGCCAGGAGGAACCGAGCAACCACGCAGGACCGGACUGUACAGCGACCGCCGAUUAAACCCAAACCAAACCGAGCCACUCUGCCGCGGGUCACGGGGCUGAGCCCCAGCGACCUUGUCCAAAAGAACAAUACAAGCUUUCACAAAGAUUUCGAAGAGGAAGAAGAGGAUCUGAGCGGACUUCAUCCCGGGGCGCUGCUGUACCGCUCGGCAGCUCUGCAGAACUUCCCCGUCAUGGCUGACGCUUUGGCCCACGGAGCCGACGUCAACUGGGUCAACGUGGCCGAGGAGUCCAGCACGCCUCUGAUACAGGCCGUCUCAGCAAACGCCUUGGCAGCCUGUGAGUUCCUUCUGCAGAACGGCGCUAACGUCAACCAGGCGGACAGCAACGGGCGGGGGCCGCUUCACCACGCCACCAUCCUGGGUCACACUGGGUUGGUUUGUCUCUUCUUGAAGCGAGGCGCGGACUACAACGCUAAAGACAAGAACCAGAAAGACCCCAUAACUAUCGCUGUGGACAACGCCAACGCUGACAUCGUCACUUUGCUGAGGAUUGCCAAGAUGAACAAGGAAAUGCGGGAGAUGGACGGAGCGUUUGGCCAAUCAGGUGAUGAAACCUACCAGGACAUCUUCAGAGACUUUUCACAAAUGGCCUCAAACAACCCAGAGAAGCUCAAACGCCGCAGCGCAGACCCCAAAAAUUAACCAGAUGUUGCCUCCUCCAACACACACACACGCAUACUUUCAAACACACAUAUAGAAAACAUGCAAGUAUCCAACACCCCAGGCAUGCAGACACACACAUUAUCCCUGGCUACCUGCCACAUGUUCAGUCAUAGCUCAGCUGGUGUUGACUUCAGAGGGGGGAUGAACGCUCCGAACAGUGAAUUCUUUGUGCGAACACGUCAGACCAGAACAAUUGUGCCCAAGUGGGAACACUGGAACGGCUUUAUUAGACCAGCAUGAGGUGUCUUUAUGUGUAGCAGAGGGUAACAGCGUCACUCUGCCAAGAUUUCCUAAUUAAAUCCUGUAAAUCUUUUUUUUUUUUUUUUAAAGCUAAAAAGGGCUCGUUUUUUAUGUUCCUCUGUCAUUUCUAUUGAAUUGUUACAUGAAAAAAAAAAGUGAAAGUUUUCCACUGAGUUGUAAUGUAUACAGAUUUUUACAUUUGGGAUGUUUUUUAAGACACCGUUCAUGUCUGAUUUGUUAAACUAUGUGAGGUACUUGAGAUUCAUGAACAAAAUAAACCACAAUACAAAACUUAAAACACGUG